GGCGAGAGCAACCUCGGGGAGUUUCUCGGAACCUAGAGCUAUGCUGAAGAAGGAAAAACCGAUGCUUUCUGUAGCGGCGAUUAUUCAGGCGCAGGGUCGCUGGGACCGGACACUGCCGCUGGCAGGGCUGGCAGGUUUCGAUGCCGCCCUCGUAGGACACAUGGGCCCGCUCUCACCGCCGGACAUGAAGCCCGACCUGAAGCCGGACAUUUCGCUGCUGAACGGCGGCGUCGGCGGCCCCUUCUCCCCGGGAAAUAACUGCGGCGGUCCGGUGAGUCCGGGCGGUGCCGCGUUCAACCAGCAGGUCGCGGCCGCCCUGCAGCAACAGAACCUCAACAACAACCAAAACAGUCUCGGCCAGCAGCAAAAUUCCGUGGGUGGAGGAGGUGGUGGUGGUGGUGGAUCUACCACACCCACAAACCAGCAGUAUCCGCCGAAUCAUCCGCUCAGUGGUUCCAAGCACCUGUGCUCGAUCUGCGGCGACCGGGCCAGCGGCAAGCAUUACGGAGUUUACAGCUGCGAGGGCUGCAAGGGCUUCUUCAAGCGGACGGUGCGGAAGGACCUGUCGUACGCCUGCCGGGAGGACAAAAACUGCACGAUAGACAAACGCCAAAGAAACCGCUGCCAGUACUGCCGGUACCAGAAAUGUCUCGCCUGCGGCAUGAAGCGGGAAGCGGUCCAGGAGGAGCGGCAGCGGAGUUCCAAGUUUUCCAUCAAGAGCGAGGAAAUCAACUCGACCAGCUCGGUGCGGGACGUGACGAUCGAGCGAAUCCACGAGGCUGAGCAGCUGAGCGAGCAGAAGAGCGGGGACAACGCGAUCCCGUACCUGCGCGUCGGCUCCAACUCGAUGAUCCCGCCGGAGUAUAAGGGCGCCGUCUCCCACCUGUGCCAGAUGGUGAACAAGCAGAUUUUUCAGCUGAUAGACUUUGCCCGCCGGAUGCCCAACUUCACGAACCUGCACCGGGACGACCAGGUGAUGCUGCUGCGGUGCGGCUGGAACGAGAUGCUGAUCGCGGCCGUCGCCUGGCGGAGUAUGGAGUACAUUGAGACGGAACGCUCGCCGGACGGCAGCCGGGUGACGAUCCGGCAGCCGCAGCUGAUGUGCCUGGGGCCAAACUUUACCCUGCACCGGAACAGCGCCCAGCAGGCUGGGGUGGACACGCUGUUCGAUCGCAUCCUGUGCGAGCUCGGCAUCAAAAUGAAAAGACUGGACGUGACUCGAGCUGAGCUCGGCGUUCUCAAGGCUAUUAUUCUAUUUAAUCCAGACAUUCGAGGGCUCAAAUGCCAGAAAGAGAUCGACCACAUGCGGGAAAAGAUCUACGGCUGUCUGGACGAGUACUGCAAGCAGCAGCAUCCGUCCGAGGAUGGGCGAUUCGCGCAGCUGCUGCUGAGGCUGCCGGCGUUGCGCUCGAUUAGCCUCAAGUGUCUCGACCAUCUGAACUUUAUUCGGUUGCUCAGUGAUAAGCAUUUGGACAACUUUAUCAUCGAGAUGCUCGACACGCCGAUGUAAAAUAAGAUAAAUGCAUGAUCAAAACCAUGAGAAUGAAAAAAAGCUCUAGAAUAUAUAGCGUUUCACGGUAUUCUUCUCCUCAUCACAUGAUUUUUUUUUUAUUAUUCUAUUGUUAGGGUUACUUUCUGCGCAACUGUAGAAAGCUUGAAAUUUAGGAAUUUUCUUAUUUCAGAAAGCAAACGAUACUAUGAAGUUUUUAAGCAAAUUGUAGGACUCAGUAACUUAUUAAAUGAUAAAUAUAUUUUAAUAUAUAUAUGAACUAUAAAGUAAAGUAAUGAAAAUGAAAAAUGGUGCAAAUAGAUUUUAUGAAAAAUCGAUCUAAGAUUACAAAACACUCUGUUGAUACAAAAAAAAAGAUGAAAUAAAAGUUUAACAUUAUUCGCAUAUAGAUAAACUUAGUGAAUCAAACAGCUAAA